CGACACUUCCGGUGCGGCCAACCGGAAGUGGCGGCGCUCCGGGGAAGGCGCCGCCGGUGCUGGGGGGGCAGGGCGGCGAUUUCGGGGGAAAUUCCGGAAUUUUGGGGAUCUGUUUGGCCCCGCCCCCUCCAGGAGCUCCGAAUUCCCCAAAUUCGCCCCAAAAUUCCCGAGGGGGGAGGGGGAACCCCAGCGCCCCCUCCCCCACUCUGCACAGCCCCAUGUGAAGGAUGCUGAAGAAGAGCAGCCUGGCCCUGCUGGGUGCCGCGCUCUUCCUCGCCUGGAACGGGCUCCUGCUCCUCUUCCUCUGGGGCCGCCCCGGCUCCGCUCCGGGCCCGGGCCCGGCUCCGCCCGCGCUGCCGGCGCAGCUGCUCCGUUUGGCGCAGGACGCCGAGGCCGAGCUGCGGCUGCAGCGGGAGCUCCUGCUGCAGAUCCAGCGCCUGGGCCGCCUGCAAAAACACCACAAACCACCCCCAAAAACACCCCCAAAAACAACACUAAAAACACCAAAACCGCCCCAAAACGAGGAGGAGGAGGAGGUGGUGAUCCCGGUGCUGGUGCUGGCCUGCGACCGCAGCUCGGUGCGGCGCUGCCUGGAUAAAAUCCUGCGCUACCGCCCCAGCGAGCGGCGCUUCCCGGUGAUCGUCUCGCAGGACUGCGGGCACGCCGAGACGGCGGCGGUGAUCGCGUCCUACGGCGGCGCCGUGGAGCACAUCCGGCAGCCCGACCUCAGCGACGUGGCCGUGCCGCCGGAGCACCGUAAAUUCCAAGGCUAUUAUAAAAUCUCCCGGCAUUACCGCUGGGCGCUGGGCCAGGUGUUCCGCACCUUCCGCCACCGCGCCGCCAUUGUGGUGGAGGACGACCUGGAGGUGGCGCCGGAUUUUUUCGAGUAUUUCCAGGCCGUGCUGCCGCUGCUGAGGGAGGAUCGCAGCUUGUGGUGCGCCUCGGCCUGGAACGAUAACGGCAAGGAGGGCUUGGUGGAUCCCGGCCGGGCCGAGCUGCUCUACAGAACCGAUUUUUUCCCCGGUUUGGGCUGGCUGCUGCUGGCAGAGCUGUGGGAGGAGCUGGAGCCAAAAUGGCCGCCGGCUUUCUGGGACGAUUGGAUGCGGCAGCCGGAGCAGCGGCGCGGGCGGGCCUGCGUGAGGCCCGAGGUGUCGCGGACCAUGACGUUCGGCCGCAAGGGCGUCAGCCACGGGCAGUUUUACGAUCAAUACCUGAAGUUCAUCAAACUCAACGACCGCUUCGUGCCUUUCACCCGCCUGGACCUGUCUUACCUCAAAAAGGACGAGUACGAGCGCUCCUUCCUGCACGAGGUGUAUUCGGCUCCUGAGGUGCGGCUGGAGCAGCUGCAGGAGGGGCCGGGCCGCCAUUCGGGCCCGGUCCGGCUGCAGUACCGGGGCCGGGACUCCUUCAAGGCCCUGGCCAAGGCCUUGGGGCUCAUGGACGACCUCAAAUCGGGCGUGCCCCGGGCCGGGUACCGAGGGGUGGUGUCGGUGCUGAGCCGGGGCCGCCGAGUGUUCCUGGCCCCGCCCGCGGACUGGGCCGGCUACGACCCGAGCUGGAGCUGAGCGGGGCCGGGACGGGGGGAGCUCGACCCUUUUUGGGGGG